AUGCCAUACAAGCGAAAUCCAAUUCGGUGCGAGCGAGCUUGCGCUCUAUCUCGCUACCUUAUGUCUCAGGCUAGCAAUUGUCUGGCUACUGCUUCCGUUCAAUGGCUCGAACGUUCUCUAGAUGAUUCAGCGAUCAGACGUAUUGUAUUACCCGAGAGCUGUCUCACUGCAGAUGCCUGCCUCAUCAUCCUGCAAAAUAUUGCUGAAGGUCUUGUUGUCUAUGAUAAGGCGAGUACUUUGGUGUCUAUUUGCAAUACGUUUUUCUCCUGA